CACAUUGUUUGUUCUAGAAAAGAGAGAUCCCUCUAUAAAUACGUAGCCCAGAAACUGUGGAACAAACACAUCUCUUAGCUCUCUCUUUCUCUUUAAAGUCUGAACAUGGAUUUGUUGAGAGGUUGGUUGAGUGGAUGGGAGAAUACCGAGAUGAACCUUGUGAGAGGUUGUGCUCCUCCCCUGCUGAGCUCAGUAAUCUUGUUGGUUGCUUUUCUAGUGUACUUCUAUCUACCUUACUGGAGGGUGAGAGCCGUUCCAGGACCUCCCGCCACAUUUCUCGUCGGACACCUCCCCGCGCUCGCCAAGUACGGUCCAGAUAUUCUGCGCGUCUUCGCUAAGGAGUACGGCCCAAUAUUUAGGUUCCACAUGGGGAGGCAACCGUUGGUAAUCGUGGCGGAUGCGGAGCUGUGCAAGGAGGUGGGUAUCAAGAAGUUCAAGGAUAUCAAGAACAGGAGCAGCCCCCCUCCCACCGUUGGAUCUCCUCUCCACCAAGAUGCGCUCUUUCUAACAAGGGACUCGACAUGGUCGUCCAUGCGUAACACCAUAACCCCGCUGUACCAACCCGCGCGGCUCUCAGCCCUCAUCCCCACCGUCCAAUCCUACGUCCGCGCCCUCGGCGGCAGCAUCUCCGCCGCCCAGCGGCAGCAGCCCUUCGUCCCCUUCAGCGACCUCGCCCUCCGCAUGGCCAUCGACGUCAUCGGCGCCACCGCGUUCGGCGUCGACUUCGCCCUCUCCGCCGCCCAACCCCAACCAGAAGCCGGCGGCGACCCCCACUUCGCCGCCGACUUGCUAAGCGAGUGCGAGGAGUCGAUGGCGUACCUGCGCAUGGACCUGUCGAGCUCCCUCUCCACCGUCCUCGGCCUCGUCGCCCCCGCGCUCCAGAUCCCUCUCAAGCAUUUCCUCGAGCGGCUCCCGGGCACCACGGACCGCGCCAUCCGCGCGGUCGAGGCCAGGCUCUGCCGCCGCAUCGACGCGCUCGUCGCGCGGCGCUCGGGGGAGCGGGAGCGGGGCGAGGGCUCCGUCGACUUCCUCGCCGCGCUGCUCCGCGCGAGGGGUUCGGAGGGGGACGAGGAGCUCCUCGCGCCCAACUACAUCAGGGCGCUCACGUACGAGCACCUCCUCGCGGGGACGAGGACCACGGCGUUCACCAUCUCCUCCGUCGUGUACCUCGUCGCGAAGCGCCCCGACGUGGAGACCAAGCUCCUCCACGAGAUCGAUGCGUUUGGCCCGCGCGAUCGGGAUCCGACGGCGGAUGACCUCCACACCAAGUUUCCGUAUCUCGAUCAGGUAAUAAAAGAGGCAAUGAGGUUUUAUACGGUCUCUCCGUUGGUCGCAAGAGAAACGUCGCAGCAAGUUGAAAUUGGCGGCUACGUCCUACCAAAGGGCACUUACGUUUGGCUCGCGCUCGGCGUCCUGGCCAAAGAUCCGAACCAAUUCCCCGAGCCCGACGUGUUUCGACCGGAGAGGUUCGACCCGACAUGCGAGGAGGAGAAACGGCGGCAUCCUUAUGCGCACAUCCCCUUCGGCAUCGGACCGCGAGCGUGCAUCGGUCAGAAAUUUGCCCUGCAUGAGAUCAAGCUCACAAUCAUCCAUCUCUACAGGCAUUUUGUGUUUAGGCAUUCUCCCCACAUGGAGUCGCCUAUCGAGCUCGAGUAUGGUCUGGUUCUCGAGUUCAAGCACGGGGUUAAGCUCAUAGCAAUUAACCGAGAUGCUUCUAGUUUUGAUUAAAUAUGUUGGUCGAACUUAGAUAUUGGCGCGUCUACCUUAUACGAAUGUGUAUAAUAAUGUACGUACUUAUAUGACGUUAUGUAUUCCAACAUAGAUAUUUGAUAAUCUAUAAUAGACAGAGGAGGUGCACUGUUUACGUGAAA